CAUACUUCCGUACAAGAAGAAGAGAACCGGAAGUGGUUCGGGGCGCUUUCUUCAAAACACAGCUAUAUGGAGAUAUGAGAGUCUGAAAUACAACUUUUGCCACAAUGCCCCUGUCAACGCAGUCGCAAGCUGAUGAUGAACAAUACGUUUUGGUGGCAACCUUGGAUAAUGCUCGCAAUCUGUCCAACAUACUGAAAGCGAUCACAUUCAAAGACCAUGCCAUCUUCAGCGCCACCCCCAACGGCCUGAAGGUCACUGUGGAGGACUCCAAGUGCAUGCAAGCCAAUGCCUUCAUCCAGGCUGAGAUCUUCCAAGAGUUCACCAUACGGGAAGAUUCGGUGGGUUUCCAGGUCAACCUCACAGUUCUGCUGGACUGCCUCAAUAUCUUUGGAGGAAGCACAGUGCCUGGAGUAUCAACAGCCUUGCGGAUGUGCUACAGGGGGUACGGUUACCCCCUCACCCUGUUCCUGGAGGAGGGGGGGGUAGUGACCGUGUGCAAGAUCAACACACAAGAACCAGAGGAGCCAGUCGACUUUGAGUUCUGCAGCACCAAUGUAACAAACAAGGUGAUCCUGCAGUCAGAGAGUCUGAAGGAAGCCUUCUCUGAGCUGGACAUGACCAGUGAGGUGCUACAGAUCACCAUGUCCCCCAGCCAGCCGUACUUUAGAUUGUCUACGUUUGGGAACUCUGGAAAUGCCCAUUAUGAUUAUCCAAAAGACUCCGACAUGAUGGAGCUGUUCCGAUGCGACAAGACACAAACCAACAGGUACAAGAUGUCCCUGCUGAAGCCGUCCACCAAAGCCCUGGCUUUGUCCUGUAAAGUCUCUGUGAGAACAGACAGCAGGGGCUUCCUGUCCCUGCAGUACCUGGUCAGGAACGACGACGGACAGAUCUGCUUUGUGGAAUAUUUCUGUUGUCCUGAUGAGGAGGUGGAGGAGGAGUGAUUACAGUCUGUUGAAUUAACUUCAGGGCUGGGCCGGUCACUUGGAAUGAGUGGGCAAAGUCUGCCAGAGGCCGCAGUGCAGCCAGAUGGGUGCACACAGGUAAUAAAGGCUGGACUUUAAAGGCAUAAUGGACAGUGGGAAAGGCUGCAGUGUCUUAACAAAAUAUCCAGGCUCACCAAUAUGCCAACACUCAUCUGAGUGGAGCAUUGCCACUAGAUCUGUGGAAAGAUGUCCUCUACUUGGUGUUGUUAGGUACCUGUGUGUAGUUUGACCAUUUUCAUAAGUACAUAAUGUCAUAGACAGAUAUGGAAAAUGAUUGUAUGUACAGUGAUUGUAUAUAUUGUACUAUGGAGUUCCAGUUGUUUGAGUCAUGGUUUGUAGUCCAGUUUAGGCCACAAUCGUCCUGUGUACAGAAUGCUAUCAACUUUCUGGAGCUUCUUCUGCAUUUUAUCUCUUGACACAUGCAGUGAGCUGGAUGGCCCAUAAAUUAUUCAAGCCAUUGAUGAUUUCCUCAAGGAGUCUAGUUUUUGUGUACAGUAGUGUCUGCAUUUGACAGGCCUUUGAC